AUGGCUGUUCGGUCGUCUCUGCGCGUUUCUGUGCGACAAGAAGAAACCCCCAACGACGACGACGACAGUCGACCAUCUCCGUCGAAACGCCCUCGUUUGAAUCCUCCUCCCUCCUCUCGUCGGCGCAGGAGCUCUCCUGACUUACUCGAUACGACGACUGUCGACAGUCCCUCCAAGACCACCCCCAAGAAUAAGGUCGCUCAUAUCCGGCGCGCCCCCUCUUCUCUUCCGCGCCGCUCCUCUGCGCGCCGACCGCUUCUCUCGCCCUCGUCCCAUCAUCAUCCGCCCUCCGACACCCCACACGCUACGCAUCUCCGACUUCACCGCAAUGAGGCCCCCGCCGCCGCCCCCUCGCUCCUCUCGCGUGAAUCGCCGGAUCCCUUAGAUACCAUUUCGCCCGCGACCACGGAUAUCAGACGAUAUUUCGCGAAAGCUACUCCUACCACUACCACGACGACCCCCUCGGCUCGCAGACGCCGUAUUGCCGAUGCGGACACACCUCUCCCGGAGUCCGCCACACAAAAUCGCGUCCAGGCGCGCUCUCUGCCUGCGGAGUCGCCCAACGAGAAGACUGCGACACCGUCGCAACAACCAACAUCAGCGCAAACCACACCCGCGGUGCGGGAGCGCCGAUCACUUCGUUCGCACGAUGGGGGUUCCAGAGCGAGAAGCGAGUUGGCCCUGUAUUUCCCCAACUACGAACAAUUGCUGAGCUUAGAGCCGCCGAAGACGGAGUUCCUUGCCGUCUAUACUGCCAUCAAAUUUAUCGAUGAUCAUUCCGAGUCCUCUAUCUCCUCGUCAGAUCUCCCCGCACCCGACACAGAUACCCCAUUCGGGAAUCCUCUCCUUCAGCUACACAACUGCGAGUCCAUCGGUCUCCCCGAACCGCAAUCAAAUGAACCUAGCGAUACACCCGAAGAGGACCCCCUGAAUGAAGGAACAUACUUCAAGGCCCAUCGACGAAACGAACGGCAAGAAAAACAGCUGCGGAAUAUUGAGCGAGAACGAGCCCAACAUGAGAAACAACAGCUGGAUCGUCUACUGGACGAGUUACAGAGCCACGACUGGCUGCGGGUAAUGGGAAUCACUGGUUUAUUAUCUGACCAGGAGAAGAAACAAUACGAACCAAAGCGAGACUACUUCAUCAAGGAAAUCUCCGCCUUGAUCCAGAAAUUCAAGAUCUGGAAGGAAGAAGAGAAGCGACGCAAGGUCGAAAAGGAGAAGGCCGCCGCUGCCGCCGCCAAUCCUUCGUUAAAUGCGAAUGCAGAAGCCCAGGACACUAUGACACAACAGCAUAACCAAGCCCCUGGCAUCCCAGACUCCGAAGCGGAAGACUCCCCUAGUGUGUCGCUAUCGGAUGUUCCCAGCUACAGCGAGCCACCGGAUAUCAAUGACGUAGAUGCCUGGGCCGCCCGCCAAUUAAUUCAGGAAGCUCGGUCUGCAACAGCCGGGAAGAAGCCGAAAUCAACGGUGUCUGAAGGGCGAAAGAAGACCAAGCCCAUGGAACCGGAGAUACUGCCACCCCUACCACCUCCCGUAGAUGAUAAGAAACCAUUUACUUCGUUCUAUGCCAAGCGUCACCUGCGGGACACGGCGCUGUCGGCACAUAGAAAGGGCCGGACCCGGUUCGCCUUUGGCCAUGCCGUUCCGGAGAUGGACGAGCGAGACUUUGACCUACCGCCAGAGAUCUUGACGCCCGAGGCGAUUGACUCCUGUCGACGGAAACGAAGACGGAUGAAGCGGGCUAGUCGGGGGUCAGAAUAG